UUUCUGGAGAAUUGAGCUGCUCGUGUUGUUAGACUCCUGAAAAGUUGUGAAAUGGACGCAGUUACUGCUUUCAAAGCUGUCCAGCAAGAGAUGAAGGCUUUGUCUCUGAAUGAUUUUCCUUGUGGUAUUGGAAGUUGGAACAGUUCAAGGCAUUCAACAACGAAGACUAAAAGUUUCAAAUUACAGAAGGAUCAUGGCGAGAAGGAAAAGAUAAAUGGUAAAAAUGUAAAUGAGGAAGAGCCUCAGGCCUUGAAAGAAUACCUGACGUGUGAGCAAUCACCGUGGAAAACAGAAAAUGUGACCCCAGAGUCCCAGCAUCUAAAGGAACUGGCAAUCACUUCACCUUCUCUCAUAAAUGAACACUUCCUUUGUUCCGAUUUAAAAUCCUUAAGACUUGUUAAUAAGCAGAUCUGUGAGGUUGACAAGCAAAUGUUGAAAUUUCAGAAUCUGGAAGAACUUAUAUUAAGUGUCAAUAAAAUCACCUCAUUAAACUCAGCAAAUCUUCCCAGAAAGCUUAAGAUUCUUGAGCUGUGCUCCAAUGAGAUUUCCUCUUUGCAACAACUGAGCUCCAAUCCGCCACCUAUGUUGCAAUACCUUGGGCUGUCAUACAACAAGCUUUCGCUGCCCUCUGACCACAGAUAUCUCUCAGACAUAUUCUGGCCCAAUUUAAUAUCCCUUGAUUUGAGUUUCAAUGACUUUGUCAAUCUGCGGGACAUUGUAACUUCUCUUUCUUUCCUGCCAAACCUGAAGAACUUUAUUUUCCUUGGCAACCCAUUGGCUCUUUAUCCGUAUUAUCGGGGUUUUACAAUAGACAUUCUGCAGAACCUUGUUUCUCUGGAUGAUGUCUUGAUAUCCCCUCAUGAAAGACAUCAUUUUAAGGGCAUCGCUUUACAGCAAGUGUUCACUCACAAGUUACCUCAAAAACCAUGGGGAGAUCCUAUUAUGUACAACUAUACCAAGAUUCACCUUGUGAAAGAUCCAUACGCCCUCAAGCAAUUGCUACAAAAUGGUCUGACAGUGACUGUAAUAGAAGAAAAGAUCCUGUCAUGGCCUAUCGAGACGGAAGAUGACAAAAUUCCAGAAGCUUCCUCGAAAGAGAAAGACCAAGGUCCUGCAAAGGGAGGCAAAAGCAGCGCUAAGGAUGCAAAAGACAAAGACAAAACUAAGGAAAAAUGGAAGUCACCAGUUUCACUUCAAAGUGAUCCACCCAUUCAGAAAAUACUAGGAAGUUACCAUGUAGAUCUGUACUCCAUUGUAACAGGAAGUCAUGAUUACCAGACAGUUUGUGAUUUAGGAGUUCCCAAGAUUGAGGAAAAACCCAAAUCACCAACACCAGAGUUAAAGGAAACUAAAAAAGGAAAAGGUGAUAAGAAAAAAGGAAAAGGCGAUAAAUCUGGGAAAGACUCGAGGACAAGUGCGAAAAUGAAAACACCAAACAGCAAGAAAGCAAAAGGAAAAAGAAACAUGGAUUCAAGGAUUUCAGAGGAAACCACGCCAAAGCAUCUCUUUGUUGGGUUUAAAUUACACCUGCAGAAGUGGUUGACACUAACAGAUGCAGAAAACGAAAUAUACAAGAAGAAUACUGUGUUUAAUUGGUUCAAUGAUGCAUAAUGUGCAACUAUUGAAAUUCAUUUGAAAUUCCACAUUAAAAAUAAUUAUCAUUACU